CUGCACGUUGAAUUUCAAUUUGAGAUUCUUGGAUUCUUGAUGGAAUUUUUAGGUUAUGACUUAAGUUGUGUGAUUGUAAGAAAAGAAACAAAAGGAAUGAUUUUAUUUAUUAAUAGCAAAAGGCUUUGAAAAGUUUAUUUAAACAUUGUUCUAGUUAAUAAACGUCAGAAUGAGCGAUUUCGUAAUGAACUAUAGUGACACAGAUAUUGAUUCGGAUGAAGAAUUGCAAGAGGCUUUUGCGAAAGGAUUACUUAAGCCAGGUCUAAAUGAGGAAAUAGAGAAAGUACAGAAGAAUUAUGUAAACAAUGUAGCAGACUUGAAGGCAAAGUUGAAGGAGUUUGAGUUGAAACUGCCUUGGUUGGAAACCGUUGACUUGGUUACAACAGUGGCCCCAAUGGCUCCAGAUAUAGCCUUGCAAAUGCAACAGACAGCACAAAGGAGGAGGAAUGUGGUGGAGAACACAAAAGGCCACAAGUUAUAUGACCCCACCCAGGACCCGGUGCUCAAUGAGUUCAAGAGAGAGAACCUCUUACACAGACAGGCACAAGCUGCAGUAUUGGAUGGCAUCAAGAGGCUUAAGGAAUUGAAUAUACCGACAAGAAGGCCAGAUGACUAUUUCGCGGAGAUGGCCAAGUCAGAUGAGCACAUGCAGAAAGUGCGCAAGAGUCUAAUGAGCAAGCAAGCGGCGCAGGCGCGCACGGAGAAGGUGCGCCAACUGCGCGACCAGAAGAAGAUCGCUAAGAGAGUACAGAUUGACUCCAAGUUGAAACAGGCCACUGACAAGAAACAAAUGCUAGAACAACUGAAGAGGGUGCGUAAGGGGAAAUCUACAGACCUAGACUUUUUGGACGACAAUAAGGGCAAAAAUACAAGCAAAGGCAACCCAAACAAUGCAAAGGGCAAAAGAGUCAACAAGAAACGGGAAAUGAAAGACAGCAAGUUUGGAUUUGGGGGCAAAAAGAAGGGUUCAAAGUCAAAUACAAGAGAGUCAACAAAUCAAAUGGAUGGAUUCAACAGUUCGGCUAAAAAGAAACCGUUUAAUUUCAAGACUAAAAACUUUAAGCCUAAUAAAAAGAAUGUAAGACCUGGGAAAUCUAAAAGGAAAAAUGCUAAGAGAUAAUUUUAAGGGUUUUUUACUAAUAAAUCUAUUGGAAUUCAAA